AGGCAGUUUGUACCAGGCAGUCAUUCUGCUACAGGACUGUCAUUGUUCUCAUGUGAGCGGAGCUGCUGGCUCACGAUUGGCUGCUGUGUGCUGAUUGACAGCUCCGGAGGCUGGAUACCAAGCGUGUAGAGAGGAUUUUCAUAGAGGGGCUCGUAAUCACAGUGAAGAAAGAAGCAGAAUCAGAGCGUCAGCAGGUGAAAUCAGGUCAUGCCAGGCUGUCAGAAGCUGCCAUUGGUGUUUGUGUGGAUGUUGCUGGUGUCCUCUUUGUGCCCCUGGGCCUCCUGUAAGCACGGGGGUGUGUUCGGGGGGCGGGGUAAAGGUGUGGGAAUGGGGGGUAAGAGCCCCCCCACUCAGAGCAAAGGCUCCUCCAAACAGGGGCUGAAGCUGGCCGGGGCAGCCGCUGCCGGGGCAAUUGGUGGGGCGGCUAUCGGCUAUGGCCUCGGCUCUCUGGGCAGACCCAGGUACGGCUAUGGUUACGGAUACGAUGGAGACUCCUCUGAAGAAGACAGGCGGUAUCACUAUGCUGAUGGACCAGGCUACUAUAACCGCUCUGAUGGGAGGUACUACAGAGGCGGAAGUAGCUCAGGUCCAGCUCUGAACACACUUCUAAUGACUGGAGCUGCACUCAGCAUCUUCCUGUGGGGCUGAAACUGAUUGGACGUCUCUGUAAACUUUCUUGAUCAUUGAGCUGCUGCUCUAAAGACAAAACUGCAAUAAUAUUUAAAGUUAUAGUGAUUCGGCAAGAUGUGGCCCCAUAAGGUCACACCCUUUAGGGUGAAGAUUACCAGGUACAAUGACUCAGUGUUGGUUGUCAAAGUCUUCUGAAAGCUGGUGGCCCACUCGCUUUUUGCUCAGUGUUUCCUGGGUGGCCCACUGGUGGUUAAACAAAGUGUAAAACAAAAUGCCAUUUCUUAUUGCUCCUUUUUUCGCUUACAGUCC